AUGUUCACGCCCGUGCAUACCACGCUCGGGGCCUUGAUGCUCUUCCAGGGCUCUACGGGGUUGUUGUUGCACAAUGGUGCUGUGUUGGGUAUCUCUUCACUCUUGUCGGGCGCUGUACUGAAUCCGACAAGAGAUAAUGUGGCUCUCAUUGCUGGUAUGGUGUCGAGUGUUGUCCCCGUCGCCCUUUUAUUGCCUUCCGCCAUUCCGUCAUAUCCUGCUGCACCGAGUUCCUGGGGGACGUGGCUGUUGACUGUGGGCCAUGGGUUUCUGCUGGGAUGGGGUACAAAGAACGGUCGAGGUUGCACGUCCGGCCACAUGCUCUGUGGCAUUUCCCGAUUGUCUCCACGCUCGUUCAUUGCUACUGCUGUCUUCUUCACCACCGCGUUGCUCACAGCUAAUUUCUUCGCCGGCGGCUCCAACAUUCCUCCAUGUGCCGGUGGAACACCCUGCUACAUGCCCGUCUAUCCGUCCACAGCGGAACUCAUCGUCAUGCUCACCACCACAGUAGUCACAUCCGUGGUGAACUUCGUCGUCGUGCCCCGUACCCUGGAUAGAUCUGAGCGCUCAAAAACCAUAUUCUCGUACCUGGCCGGUCUGGAAUUCGGCUUGGGGCUGCUAUUCUCAGGAAUGGCUGACCCAGCCAAGGUUCUGCGGUUCUUUGCCUUCUUGUCCAACCCUUCACGCUUCGAUCCAUCGCUAGCUCUCAUCAUCCUCUUCGGAAUCGGCCCGUCACUGAUGACGUACUUGUCGACCAAACCGGGACAGCAGACUGAGGACAAGUCGGGACGGUCCACACCUACUCUGGCGGCACAGUGGAGACUGCCCACUGCGACUGUGGCGGAUAUUGAUUGGCGUUUUGUAGCAGGCGGAGUCGCUUUUGGUCUCGCCUGGGGACUACGGGGAGUAUGUCCCGGUCCGGCCAUCCUGCGUAGUGUGCUACAGCCGGUUUGGGGUUUGGCAGAGAUGACUGGUUUCAUGCUCGGUAAUCUGGUGUGA